CGUACCCUUUUUCCGCGUUUCUUUCUCUCUCUCUCUCUAGAUUUCUCUUCCAAUCAAAUCACAGAAAAACGCUGCGACGCUCUCUAUCUACUUUCUCUUCGGAAAAAAAUUUCAGUUUCAGAGUUUUUUUUUUUUUUUUUUUUCUUUUUUUAGUGAUCGGUGGAGCUGAAUUUGCAAUGGAACUGGUAUUGGAAAUGAAGGAUUGGUAGAUGGGCUUCAAUGUCCGAUCCUCUAUGCUCGAUCUGUCACUGACUCGCUUUGUUCAGCUGGUUUUGGUACCAAGUUUUCUGAAAUGUCAAAGCAUAGAGUAAAAUGAGCCAGAUUGAAGUAUCAAGGAUGAAGCCUCCCCUUGUUCCGCUUGCAACUUUGAUUGGUCGUGAGCUUAGGAGCGAGAAGGUUGAGAAACCAUUCGUUAAGUAUGGGCAGGCUGCUUUAGCAAAGAAAGGAGAGGAUUACUUUCUGAUAAAACCCGAUUGCCAGAGGAUUCCUGGAAAUCCGUCGACAUCAUUUUCUGUCUUCGCGAUUUUUGAUGGGCAUAAUGGUAUAUCGGCUGCUAUUUUUGCGAAAGAGAAUUUAUUGGCUAAUGUCUUAAGUGCAAUUCCUCAAGGAAGCAGUCGGGAAGAGUGGCUUCAAGCCCUUCCUCGGGCAUUAGUAGCGGGUUUUGUGAAAACUGACAUCGAAUUUCAGCAGAAAGGGGAAACAUCAGGAACAACUGUGACAUUUGUUGUGAUUGAUGGGUGGACCGUGACUGUUGCAUCUGUUGGGGAUUCUCGAUGCAUAUUGGACUCUCAAGGGGGUGAGGUUUCUCUUUUGACUGUUGAUCACAGGCUGGACGAUAAUGCAGAAGAGAGAGAACGUGUAACUGCAAGUGGUGGUGAAGUAGGAAGGCUCAAUGUUUUCGGCGGCAAUGAGGUUGGCCCCCUACGCUGCUGGCCUGGUGGAUUAUGCCUUUCUAGGUCAAUUGGUGACACAGAUGUAGGAGAAUUCAUUGUCCCAAUACCUCAUGUGAAGCAAGUUAAGCUUUCAAGUGCUGGCGGAAGAUUGAUAAUAGCUUCUGAUGGCAUCUGGGAUGCUUUAUCUUCUGAUAUGGCUGCAAAGUCUUGUCGGGGAUUACCUGCUGAGCUUGCUGCAAAGUUGGUUGUUAAGGAGGCUCUAAGGUCGAGAGGUCUGAAGGAUGAUACAACCUGCCUGGUUGUGGAUAUAAUCCCAUCAGAUCAUCCUGUCUUACCGCCAACAACACCAAGGAAGAAACAGAAUGUGCUUACAUCACUUCUCUUUGGGAAGAAAACUCAGAACUCCGUUAACAAAGCUAAGCUUUCUGCUGUUGGAGUUGUGGAGGAGCUGUUUGAAGAGGGUUCUGCAAUGCUUGCCGAAAGGCUGGGUAAGGAUUUCCCUUUGGAUACAAAUUCUGGGAUUUUCAGAUGUGCAAUCUGCCAAGUGGAUCAGCCUCCAGCUGAUGGUUUAUCAGUAAAUUCUGGACCUUUUUUCUCACCAGCAUCAAAACCUUGGGAGGGCCCAUUUCUCUGCACAACUUGUCGGAAAAAGAAAGAUGCCAUGGAAGGAAAGGGGCCAAGCAGACCCACAGUGAUCUCGUAGUAAUUUAUCUAUUACAGACUGAAUAUAUUUUUUCUCUGGCAGUGUGAGCAUGCUUAGUUUUCUUUUUUUUCGGUGGUGGUUAUUAUAGAUAUGUGUAAGAAAUGAGGUUGAGAUACAAAUCGCCAGUAGGUAUUUUUUCACUUGUUAAGAGUUUGUGUGGAUCUGGUUUGUGCUCAGCUGUUGGACUGGACUGACUGACGGAGAGUGGAAGUGCUAUCUGAUAGAUAUGCUUGUGAUAGGUUUUUUGUUGCUAACUGCUUGUUGUAAGUAAAUUGAAGAUUGCAUAGUAAUAUAAUUUGUUGCAGUGGCUUAUUUAUGCCCAGUUUGCAAUCUUA